UGGUGCUGCGUCUGCGUGCUAUCCUUGCCUGUGCCUGUGUGCGAAGUCAUCAAGGCCUUGUUUAGCCAGUGAUUUCAAGGUAGUUGUUCUCGGCCAGAUCUCACAUUCCGAUAAAUCAACCUCAAGCAAACCCCGCGGCGCAGACUCGGAAACUUAUUAAUUUUAUUGGGGUAAAUCAUGGCAAACCGUGGUGGUGCAGCCCAGAGACCAAACAGCCAGACGCAAGGCAAAAUAUGCCAAUUUAAAUUGGUCCUCCUGGGAGAAUCCGCUGUGGGAAAAUCAAGUUUAGUAUUAAGGUUUGUCAAAGGUCAAUUUCAUGAAUACCAGGAAAGCACAAUAGGAGCUGCCUUUCUUACACAAACUGUGUGCCUUGAGGACACGACGGUUAAGUUUGAAAUUUGGGAUACUGCGGGGCAAGAAAGAUAUCAUAGUUUGGCACCCAUGUACUACCGUGGUGCUCAAGCAGCCAUUAUUGUUUAUGACAUCACUAAUAUGGACUCAUUUGGGCGUGCUAAGGUUUGGGUCAAAGAACUGCAAAGACAGGCAUCACCGAAUAUUGUAAUUGCUUUAGCCGGCAAUAAGGCAGAUCUUGCCAACUCUCGAGCUGUUGAAUGUGAUGAGGCUCAAGCAUAUGCAGAUGAAAAUGGUCUUCUGUUUAUGGAGACUUCGGCUAAAACUGCCAAGAAUGUAAAUGAGAUCUUCCUUGCAAUUGCAAAGAAGCUUCCCAAAAAUGAACAAGUGUCUGGGGCUGGCUCUGCCAAUCAAGGCCGACGUUUAGUGGAGUCUGAUAGCUCUGCAAAGACAGCAGGCAACUGCUGCAAGUGAUUUUGGGCUGCAUGCUUAAGACAAGUCACACUUUUUGCCAGUUUUAUAAGGUAUGUUCUGUGGGAACAGGCUAGUGGGACACUUUUCUUGGCCGCUUGCUCAGUUCGGAACAAAUUAAGGAAAGGAACAAUGACUGACACAAGAAUUCCAAUCAAUGGCCAUGUGAAUAAGUGUAGGCCUGAUCCGCCGUUGCCCUCCGCCGCUGCCUUUAAUAUGUUACCUAAUGGUGACCCAUCAUUCAGUUCAAAGAGAGACUGGCUUAAGUGCCAAGAGCAAUUUUCUAGUGCAAUUUUUUUCUGUGUACUGUGUGAAUAGUGGUGUUGCGGAUAGCAAGAAUUAAUUUACCGUACUCAUUUUAUGUUAAAAUUGUGGAAAAUUUAAUGAUUGGAAUAGGUUUGGAGAAUUCUAGGUAUUUUUUAACGUGAUUGGUAACGUUUAUAACUCUGUAACUAUCAGAGUUGUAGUCAACGCAGACAUAAGUCAUUAUUGAAUAUUUUAAUGUGCACUCUGAAGAUAACUGGCAGUGAUACAGAUUUAUUGUACUUGGCACUUGCGCUGUCCAUUGUAUAUUACUACCAAAACAUGCAAAUAAGUGGAAUUAUGAUGCGAUGACCCUGCAUUUCCUUAUGAAGUGAUGUUAUUUUGAUACAUGCAUCUUAGUUUCUCUUGCAGAGAUUUGAGAUUCUCUCAAGUGUUACUGUGAUGAUACCCUUUUUUCAUACUUUAUUGGUUUUUAAUUUAUUGUUAUUGGAAUAGUGAGUGAAUUGAGUUGACUGUGGAUAUAAUUUAGUCUGGAGUAAGCAGGGGUUGAGUUUGUGAUUUAUUGAUCAACAGUGUCCUCUGUACAUUAAUGUUCUACCAGACAUUGCAGCUUUUGUUGAUAGAGUUGACAAGCUGCUGUAGUACUAUGUGUAAGAAUUCAUUUGCACCAGACAUCAAUGAAGCUAGCUGAUCAACUGAUGACAAAACAUUCAUCUAGGCUUUUUAAUGUUUUGCACUGUCCUAAUUUUAAACAAGAUAUGCUGUUUGGAUCAGUAACAGCACUGAACUGUUGACUAUGUCUUGGUGGGAAUGAAAUUGCUUCUGCAUGUAGUGCUGCCAAAAUUCCAAAAGAGCUUCUCCACCUAAAUUUUAUCACAAUGUUGCAUUUGAUGUCUUAAUUUUCACUUUGAUUUAUUCCGCGGAUAUGAAAGGUUACAUUCUUGUGAAUUUGAAUGCGUGAGAUUUUGAGAUUUAUACGUGCAAAUAUAUAUAUAUGAAACACAUAUAUAUAUAUAUAUAAAUAUUAUAUAUUAUUCAUAGAUGAAAGAUCCUUGAUUCCAUUCCCUUUUGCUGACCCAUGCAGUUGUAUCAAAUUUCUGUUCUGUAAGAAGACCAAAUUACAAAUUUGCUUAUGUCUUAUAUGUGGCUGGUUGCACCAAUGUGAGUCAAAGCCUCAGGAGAUACUUUUAUUCAGGUUCCUUUUCUGUUGUGAGUGAACAACGUCUUUAAAGUUUUGGCAUUUUAAAAAAUGCUGUUAUUUCUCCCACCCUAUUUGCAGCACUUUUUCCAUUGUCUUUUUAUAUUGUCUUUGGUUCAUUGUUAUGUGAGUAGACCAGAAUCUGCAGGACAGAUUGGUAUCUUCUCUUCACCAUGCUCCUAAUUUUAAUUCUUGUCAAAGCAGCCUUACUUGGUAAUUUUUAUUCCUGUGUACCCUUUUUCUUGUGUAUCAUAUCAGACAGGAUAAUUCAUAAACCACUUUUGUUCUUUUUUAGAUGUACAAAUUAGUAUUAUGGUGGAUGUACAGUUUUAUCGGUUCUUUACAUGUUAUAAAAAUUCAAAAUAAACUGUCUCAUGAAGGCUCUGACAGAAGUGAUGUAUUAUAUUUAAUGGAAAGCUUGCUUAUCUUCUGUCUGCACAGAAAUUUAGAUUGUACAGGUAUACAAAUAAAGUUAUGAUGUAUGUAAA